AAAACCUAGCUGUUGCGAUUGAAAGAGUAGCGGCCGAAUCGAAAAUGGUGUCGGGUUCUGGAAUAUGUGCGAAGCGGGUCGUCGUCGAUGCAAGGCACCACAUGCUCGGAAGGCUUUCCUCGAUCAUAGCCAAGGAGCUUCUCAAUGGCCAGAAGGUGGUCGUCGUCCGAUGUGAAGAAAUUUGCAUCUCUGGAGGUUUGGUUCGCCAGAAGAUGAAGUACAUGAGGUUCUUGAGGAAGCGUAUGAAUACAAAGCCUUCUCAUGGCCCCAUUCACUUCCGUGCUCCCGCCAAGAUCCUCUGGCGAACAAUCCGUGGGAUGAUCCCACACAAGACAAAGCGUGGAGCUGCUGCUCUUGCUCGUUUGAAGGCAUAUGAAGGUGUUCCUCCCCCCUAUGAUAAGAUGAAGCGGAUGGUCAUCCCCGACGCUCUCAAGGUUUUGAGGCUUCAAGCUGGACACAAAUACUGCCUGUUGGGCAGACUCUCAUCGGAAGUGGGAUGGAACCACUAUGACACUAUUAAGGAGCUUGAGAGGAAGAGGAAAGAGAGGUCUCAAGCUGCAUACGAGAAGAAGAAGCAGUUGACUAAGUUGAGGGUCAAAGCCGAGAAGGUUGCAGACGAGAAGCUCGGUCCUCAGUUGCAAGUAAUAGCACCAAUUAAAUACUAGCUUGUUUACAAGACCUAUGUUGAAUGAGAAUGCGUAAUGUUAUGGGAGAAUAGAGUUAAAUUUGCAUUUUGCCUUUUAUUUUUUAGUAUCAUUUUGUUGUGUAUUGAAAUUGGUUGCCAUUUUUCUUCUGAUUUUGAAAUUGGUUAAAUUUUGGGAAA